UUUUCGCAUAAGUAAGAGGGAAACUACAUACAGGUGUGGGGACAUACAUUGUACAGAAUGAGAAAGAGAAAAUGAACGAGGAGAUAGAAAAUGAGAAGGAGGGAAGGGGGGAGGAGAUAGAGAAUGAGAAGGAGGGAAGGAGUGAGAAAGUAAAUACAGGAGGCAAGUUGCUCAAGCUGAGUUCCCGGCAGAAAUUCACCUUAAUGAACGGUGCACUUUCCAACAUUGCCGUUAGCGUGAGCUACUCUGUAUUGCUGCCAUUUCUCCGAGAUGUGGCUGUGAAAAAGGGCGUGUCUCUAACAGGAGCAGGGGCAAUCCUAGGGUGUUACGAGGUCGCCUUUUUCUGCUGUUCCCUUACUAUUGGUUCACAGUUAUCUCGCGUAGGAGCGAGGCGCUGUUUCUACACCGGGGCGCUUGUAACAGGUGUCAGUUCACUGGCUUUUGGUUUUUUAGAUGCCUGCCCUCCCGGUGACACUUUUCUUGCCCUUGCUAUAUCAAUACGUGUCCUAGAGUCAAUAGGUGCGUCCAUGUCUUUCACGUCCAAUUAUGCCCUAGCAACGAGGGAGUUUAGAGACAACACAGCAACAGCAUAUGGGUUCUUGGAAACGUUUGCAGGACUUGGUCACGUCUUAGGUCCCUUGAUCGGUGGCAGUCUCUAUCAGCUGGGAGGGUUUGGACUGUCAUUCUUCGUGUCGGCUCCACUGACGAUCAUAACAGCAACUGUAGCAUUUUUUACCUUACCAACCGAGAAAGAAGAGCAAGGUAACUUGAUACAGGUGGUAUUUGCUAAGCUGCCUGUUGAGUUAUUGAAACUUUUGCCGCUUAUACAAGAAAUCACCAAUUCUUUCUCCAAAUUACGGUCAAGUACAAUGUACUUACCUGAGCAAUUAGAAAACAAAUGA